AUGGCUCCUCUUCUUGGCUACCAAAACCAAACUGUACCAAAUGGCGCCUAUGAAGAAGACGGAAUUGCGCUUCAUCGCCACCACAACAUGGCUAGCCAGCAAGACCUCCAGACCAUAUGGCGCUGGAACAGUAUUUUGCCCAAGGCUGAGGAGGCCCUUGUAUACGAUCUCAUCGCCGAGACGGCCAGAAAUCGACCCGAUGCCUUGGCUGUAUGUGCUUGGGAUGGUGACUGGACAUACCACGAGCUUGAUACUUUGUCUUCGCUCUUGGCACAUCAGCUUAUUUGCCUCGGCAUAGGACCUGGGUUGGUUGUACCCAUCUACUUUGAGAAAUCUCGGUUCACGUCCAUCGCUAUGCUAGCCGUGAUGAAGGCAGGCGGAGCAUCUGUUUUGCUCGACGUGAACCUGCCAGAGGAACGCCUGCAAGCUGUCAUUGCCCAGGUAAACCCAGUAUUGGCGCUAUCAUCGGCACUCAUGCAUGACUCGGCAAGGCGGCUCAUCAGAAAACCGACCAUGGUCAUUGACGACGUCUAUGUCGAACAUUUGAUAGAUUUCCAGGCACCCGCCAAACUCCCGAGGGCCCGACCUUCGGAUACAUUGUAUGUGGUUUUCACAUCCGGCAGCACCGGCACCCCAAAAGGCGUCAUUGUCACGCAUUCCAAUUUCAGUAGCGCAGUUAGAUAUCAGCAGAGUCUUCAUGGCUUUCGCGAGAAUUCCCGGGUCCUAGAUUUUGCGUCGUAUGCUUUUGAUGUUUCCUGGUCGAAUGCUCUGCAUUCCUUCACUUGUGGCUCAUGCCUCUGCGUGCCAUCCGAGGCAGAGCGGAGAGAUGAUUUGGCUGGAUGUAUCCAGAGGUUCGGAAUUACCUAUGCUGAUUUAACUCCAACAACGGCGGCAAUUCUCCCGGAACAGAGCAUUAGGUCCCUGAAAACCUUGGUGCUGGGCGGCGAAAGCCUGCCGCUGCAAAUGGCCAAGCGAUGGGCCGCCAUGACUGAGGUCUUGAACCCCUAUGGCCCAUGUGAAUGCACGCCAACAUCCACCAUAGCAACAGUCAACUCCGACAGUGUCGGUGCCAGUAUUGGAAAAGGCGUGGGUGUUGUUACUUGGGUAGUCGACGCAGAAGACCUGGACGCGCUUGUCCCGAUUGGUGGUGUCGGCGAGUUGCUUCUUGAAGGGCCUCUUGUUGGCGGUGGCUAUCUUGGUGAUGUUGAGAAAACCGCGGCGGCUUUCGUUGAAGACCCUGCCUGGCUACUGCGUGGUGCGCCCGGACAGCCGGGUCGCUGCGGAAGGCUAUAUAAAACAGGCGACUUGGUACGACAAAACACAGAUGGUACCCUUGCCUUUGUUGCUCGAAAAGACAAUCAGGUGAAAAUCAAUGGCCAGCGUGUUGAGCUGGGCGAUGUCGAGCACCAUGUACGGACAAACAUUAGAGACGGCACCAAUAUUCAGAUUGUGGCUGACAUCAUCACCACUCGGGAUAGCAACAAAACACUGCUGGUAGUGUUCUUGCAGAUCCCAACCUUGGCUGUCGUGGACGCACAAGGAGUACGUCAAACGGAGACGAAGAACAUCACCGACGGCUUAGACGAGAAGCUCGCGCAGCAAAUACCAACUUAUAUGAUACCCUCUGCAUAUAUACCUCUAGAGAGCCUUCCAGUCACAGUGACAGGCAAGGUCGACCGGCGAAGGUUGCGGGAAAUGGGACGGGACCUGUCUUUGGGGGAGGUAAUGCGGUUGAAUGGGAAUGGGGAACGCCAGCACCCCCUUCCUGAUUCGCCAUUAGAAAAACUACUCCAAGGAUUCUGGUCGUCCAUCCUUGGAAUUGAUGCUGAACUGAUCAGGGCCGACGACAGCUUCUUGAAACUUGGCGGCAAUUCCAUUGGUGCCAUGAGGCUGGUAGGGGCUUUGCGUGAGCAAGGACAUUCUCUCGCUGCCGCUCACGUGUUGAAGUAUCCCCGACUGAGUGAUCAAGCAAUGGUGAUUGGCAAAUUACCUGGAGCAGACAGGCAGCAGGGCAUCAAACCGUAUUCACUGCUGCGAGCUUCUGUGGAUAUUCAGGCAGCUCGAAUCGAGGCUGCGAGGUUGUGUAAAGUGAGCACAGCCGCGAUUACUGAUAUUUUCCCAUGUACGCCUCUUCAGGAAGGCUUGCUAGCCUUGACAGCAAAAGGCGGGAACCAUUAUGUUGCGCGCCAUCUGCUCGAGUUACAGCCAUGGGUCGACAUUUCGCGCUUUCGGGAAGCGCUGGCCAAGCUAGUGAGGGUGACUCCGAUUUUGCGCACACGCAUUGCAGACAUCGCCGGCCAAGGACUGGUGCAAGUAGUCAUCGACGAAUCCAUGUCUUGGUCACCAACGGAAAAGCUCGCCAACGUCGAGGAAGACACGGGUACGAGCAAGAAGCCCAUGGUUGGCCUGGGCACGCCUUUGGUGCAGUUCGCCAUGGUGAAGCGCCAGGACGACGAAGACGAAAGAUUCUUCUCGCUGACCAUCCAUCAUGCUCUAUAUGAUGGAUGGUCUCUGUCGCUCAUGUUCGAGGCUCUGGACAAAGCGUACAGGGGAGAGACACUGUCACAACAGCCACCAUUUCAAGGCUUUGUUAAGCAUCUCAGCGGAGCCCAUGACACCGCAGACGCAAACAAGUACUGGGAAACGCUGUUUGAGGACUCGGAAGCGACCAUGUUCCCCGUGCUUCCAUCGCCAAAAUACCAACCUCGGUCGGACUCAACCACUACACAUGUCGUCGAAAGCUUAGAGUGGCCCAAGAUUGAUGUGACGCCUUCGAUAGUUGUGAGAGUUGCCCUAGCUGUAUUGGCCUCCCAGUUCACCAACUCACACGAUGUCGUGUUCGGAGUCACGGUAGCGGGACGGCAGGCGGCGGUGGCUGGCAUCGAGAGAAUGGUGGGACCUACGAUUGCCACUGUCCCAGUUCGAGUGGUUUUGGACAAGACUCAGAGCAUUGAGCGGCUUCUCCACCAGUAUCAGGCACAAUCCGUGGAGAUGACGGCGUAUGAGCAGACGGGCCUGCAGAGCAUCCGUGGAGCAAGCACAAAAGCUGCGGCGGCUUGCGGGUUCCAAACCCUCUUGGUGGUUCAGCCCGACGAUAAAGAUGUUGAAGAUGAAAGUGAGCUCUUUGUGAAACGAAGCCAUGACGACCAAAACCGAGACCAGGGACUUGCCGAUGUCGAUCCUUAUGCUCUUACUAUUGAAUGUGAUCUCCGGGAACGAGGUCUAAGGUUCCGGAUUGUAUUUGAUUCGAGCAUAUUGCCAUCCGACCAGGUUGGCGGGUUGGCGAUACAAAUGGACCACAUUAUUCGGCAAAUGUGUAAUCCGACCAAUCUUGACAAGAGUCUUGGGGAGAUUGAGAUGCUCGGCGAACACGACCUGCGGCGCAUCUGGACUUGGAAUGCUACGGUACCAGACACCGUGGAGACGCCUGUCCAUGACAUGAUUGCAGAGACGACGCGACGGCAGCCCGAUGCCGCGGCUGUUUGUGCAUGGGACGGUGAUUGGACGUACAGCGAGCUGGACAGCCUUUCAACUAGGCUUGCGCAUGACUUAGCCAGGAGAGGUGUCUGUCCAGACGUCAUUGUCCCGCUCUGGUUCGAGAAGUCGCGGUGGACGCCAGUCGCGAUGCUCGCAGUUAUGAAGGCGGGCGGAGCGUCGGUGCUGCUAGACUCGAGCCAGCCUGAGCAGCGUAGGCGAAAUAUUGUACGACAAAUCAAGGCACCGCUGAUUGUAUCGUCAAAGACCAACCGAAAAGCUGCCAGCCAGCUCAUAGACUCGGAUCGGCCGACGGUGGUGGUUGAUGAUGAACAUCUGGCCAUGAUGGGUGUGCCUGAUAAUGCUGCCCAUCUGCCAGUCGUGAAAUCUAGCAACAAUGCCUACUUGAUCUUCACAUCUGGAAGUACUGGAACUCCAAAGGGCGCUGUUAUGACACACGCAAACAUUAGUAGUGCCGCCUGGCAUCAACGACAUGCCCAAGGUUAUCAGCCGGACUCCAGGGUAUACGAUUUCACAUCAUACGCCUUUGACACGACUUGGUCAAACUUUAUAAAUAUUUUCACGUGCGGUGGAUGUUUGUGCAUCCCGUCAGAAAACGAGCGAAAAAACGACCUGGUGGGCUCCAUUCAGCGGCUACGGCCCAGCAUUGUAGAUUUGACCCCGUCGGCCGCGGCUGUUCUUCAGGAUGACGUUAUUAGAUCGCUAAAAACGCUAAUUUUAGGCGGUGAAAGAAUGUCCACGGAGUACGCUAGACGAUGGUCAGACAUGGUAGACUUGAAGUCGCCGUACGGCCCGUGUGAAUGCACCCCUACGGCAAGCGUGGCUACUAUCACUCCCGACAGUGUUGAUAGAUUGACAAUUGGAAAGGGUGUUGGCUUGGUCACUUGGGUCACCGACCCAGAAAGGGUUGAUGUGCUCGUGCCUGUCGGCGCCGUUGGUGAGCUUGUGCUGGAAGGCCCCCUGGUUGGUGCAGGAUAUCUCGACGACCCGGACAAGACAGCGGCCGCAUUUAUAGAGAACCCCUCGUGGCUGCUUCGAGGUGCUGCAGGUCAUCAUGCUGGCCGCCGCGGGCGUUUGUACAAAACGGGAGAUUUGGUACGGUAUAAUCCAGAUGGAAGCCUCGUCUUUAUCGGCCGUAAAGAUUCCCAGGUCAAGAUCAAUGGCCAGCGGCUCGAGUUGGCCGAGGUAGAACACCACAUACUGGAGCAAAUCACCAAAGACGACGUACAUGUCCGGGUUGUGGCUGAGGUCAUUGUGCCUCGAGACGGGGUCAAGUCAACACUCGUAGCCUUCGUCACUGACUUGACUGCUGCUAGCGUCAAAGCCCUCCGGUUGAAGACGAAGGCGAUCGUCGCCGGACUGCACGACAGUCUUGCCGCGCAUAUCCCGUCAUAUAUGAUACCAUCCGCGUACGUGCCGAUAGAAAAAUUCCCCAUGACGGCAACAGGGAAAUUGGAUCGGCAACGACUCCGGGCUUUAGGUGAAGCAAUGACCCUAGAGGAGCUGAUGGUGCUGAAUGCGUCGAGUGAUGAGCGGCGAUUGCCCACUACGGAGACGGAGCAAAGUCUUCAAGCUCUCUGGUCACAUGUGCUUGCUAUAAAUCCAGACAAAAUCGCAGCAAAUGACAGCUUCCUGCACCUUGGCGGCGAUUCGAUCGCGGCUAUGAGGUUGGUGGCUUUGGCGCGCGAUCAGGGGUUCUUCUUCACCGUCGCGGACAUAUUCAACCAACCGCAAUUAAGUGAACUUGCUGUCGUUAUGAAAACAUGCCCUGAAACGAAUUCCAAUCAGGCUAUUCAACCAUUUUCUCUGCUGAAACGUGGCAUCGAUAUCGGAACAGCUUGCAGGGAGAUGGCGGUUGGCUGCAAGGUUGAUGCCACCCAGAUUGAAGAUGCAUUCCCUUGCACACCUCUGCAGGAGGGUCUCCUGGCUCUCACAUCGAAACGAGCAGGUGAUUACCUCGCCAGAAAUGUUUUUGAGCUUCGUCCCUCUGUCGAUGUCUCUCAUUUCCAGGCUGCGUGGGAGAAAGUCGUGAAAACCACACCGAUAUUGCGAACACGCAUUAUUGAUUUGGCUGGACAGGGACUGCUGCAGGUCAUCAUCAACCAGCCGACUCAAUGGUCGUCUACGGUCGGAAUGCCCAAUCUUGACGCAUAUCGGCGUGCAGAUGAGCAGCUGCCUAUUGGCCUGGGUACGCCGCUCGUACGGUUCGCGGUUGUCGAAGACGAUGAUGAACACCGACGCUUUUUUGUGUGGACAAUUCACCAUGCGUUAUAUGAUGGCUGGUCGAUGCCACUUAUUCUUGAAAAGCUGGAGAAAGCUUACGAAGAAUUCGAACAGCCAAUAUUGACCCCAUCUCCUCCGUUUCAGCGGUUCGUGAAGCACAUUAUGGACGUGAAUGACACGCGGGCAGCCCAAUUCUGGCGUUCCCAAUUCGAGGAAUUGGAGGCACCCAUAUUCCCUGCACUCCCGUCCCCAAAUUACCAACCAAGGACCGAUGCGGUAUCCGUGCAUCAUGUUGAGGGGAUUGAAUGGCCCAAGGUCAACGCAACGGCUUCAACGGUGCUACGGGCGGCCUGGGGCAUCGUCGCUGCUUCUUAUACUAACACAGAUGACGCGUUAUUCGGAAUGACUACAACGGGGAGGACAAUGAACAUACCGGGUAUUGACCAAAUAAUCGGGCCAACAAUCGCGACGGUGCCUGUACGAAUGGCAAUUGACAGAAAAAGCACCCUGGAGCAUUUUUUGCUCCAGGCACAAUCGCAGACUGUAGAACUGACUGAAUAUGAGCAGAGUGGACUGCAGCGAAUCCGCCAGUCAAGCCAGAAAACUAACGCCGCAUGCCAGUUUCAGACGCUGCUUGUAAUACAAGGUAAGGAACAAGGUUGCGUCCCGCAUAGUAGACUAUUCAUCGCGACCGGAGGCGACAGUGAUGAAGACGACGACGCGUUGGCCGAGUUUGACACGCACGCCCUGACUCUUGACUGCGACCUGGAAGCACAUGGAGUACGCUUGCGAUUUGGCUACGACUCAAAUGUCAUUUCCGCCACACAGCUGGAGAGACUCGCAAAUCAUCUUGAUCAGGUCCUCCGUCAGCUAUGUGAUUCAGCCAACAUCAAAAAAAGUGUAGCCGAAAUCGAAACCAUCAGUCACCGGGACCUCGAGGAUAUUUGGGGCUGGAACAGUAAAUUUCCCGCGACUAUCGAGACACCUAUACACGAACUCGUAACAGAAACCGUGCGAAGACAACCAGAGUCUCUCGCAGUUACUGCCUGGGAUGGUGACUGGACUUAUGCUGAACUUGAUCGAUUGGCAACUCGGCUUGCCUGUCACCUGGUUAGCAUAGGCGUUACACCGGACUCGAUUGUGCCACUUUGUUUUGAGAAAUCUAAAUGGACGCCCGUGACAGCAUUAGCCGUCAUGAAGGCGGGCGGCGCAUCUGUCUUGCUGGAUUCUACUUUACCUGAGGAUCGCCUUCGUACAAUGACGCAGCAGGUCGAGCCAAGUCUGAUAUUAUCGUCGUCGUCCAACCAGCAACUGGCCGGUCGGCUGACUGACCAGCCGACGCUCGUGAUAAACAGCGAAUUCUUGUCACAAUUACGGAGUGGCCCGUCAUCCGCGAAACAGCUCCCCGAAGUGAAGCCUUGGAAUAGGCUUUACGUCGUCUUCACAUCGGGCAGCACAGGAAUACCAAAGGGUGUUGUCGUUACGCACUCUAACCUCAGCAGCGCUUUGCGAAAUCAACACGGUGCCCACGGCUUCCAAGCCGGCUCACGCGUCUACGAUUUCGCGUCAUACGCGUUCGACGUAGCCUGGGCCAAUAUGCUCGGUGCGUUUGAGUGCGGCGCGUGCCUCUGUAUCCCAUCGGACGAGGAGCGCCAAAGCGACCUGGCAGGCUCCCUUGGUCGGUUCCAGAUAACGCACGUGGAGAUGACGCCUUCGGCGGCCAGACUGCUUCCGAGAGAGGUUCUGGAGUCGUUGGACACGCUCAUCCUCGGAGGCGAGCGACUUUCGACAGAGGACGCCAGGUGCUGGGCGUCACAGGUGAAGCGCUUGAGGAAUUCGUACGGACCAUGCGAGUGCACGCCAACAUCGACGGUUGCAAACGUGGAUGCCAACGUCGAGAGUGGCGCAACCAUCGGAAGGGGCGUUGGGGUCGUGACAUGGGUGGCUGAUGCGGCCACGGGGGGGUCUCUGGUGCCGGUGGGCGCCAUUGGCGAGCUGCUUCUCGAGGGACCCUCGGUUGGCCCUGGCUAUCUCGACGAUGCAGAGAAGACGGCGACAGCCUUCAUCAACGACCCUGCAUGGCUGCUUCGAGGCCUACCGGGCCUGCCUGGCCAUGGCGGCCGCCGCGGCCGUCUAUACAAGACAGGCGACUUGGUACGAUACGACCAGCACGGAAACCUAAUCUUCAUCGGUCGCAAGGACUCCCAAGUCAAGAUCAACGGCCAACGCGUAGAGCUGGGCGAGGUCGAGAACCACAUCGCCGGCUCUCCAUCUGUUCGCCAAGCUGUAUCGCUGCUCCCCAAGGCGGGCUUGUGCCAAGGUCGGCUCGUCGGAAUAUUCAGCUUGAACGAGUAUGAGCAUGGCGAUUCUGCGUCCCCAGGUGUUGAGCUCGUGCCGCGCAACUCCAAGUUACCAGUCCAAGACUUCAUCACAAACCUGCGAGCUCAUUUGGACGCCGCAGUUCCCGCUUACAUGGUCCCUUCUGUCUGGGUCGCAGUCAAGAAUAUCCCACUGAAUGCAUCUGGAAAGCUGAAUCGCAAGCUUGUCGAGGAAUGGCUUGCUGCUUUGAGCCCCCAAACAUACGCAGAUAUCAACCAGACUUCUCGUGGCCCUGCGGCUCGAGAUGCGGCCAACGACGCAGAAGACGUGAUCCGCGAUGCCUGCAGCGUCGUUUUAAAUGUACCGAAAAAGGACGUCAACCUCGAGCGAUCCUUCAUUGCCAACGGUGGUGAUUCCAUCUCUGCCAUGAGACUAAGCCCUCAGUGCCGUGCUUCUAAUGUGAACUUCUCGGUGGCAACAUUACUCAGGGCCAAGACGCUGGCCGAGGUUGCGCGACUGUCGACAGGUACAGUCGCCUCGAUACCAUCCCAGAUGGAACAAGUCAACACAGUCUUUGGUCUUACGCCCAUCCAACAGUGGUUCUUCUCCCAAGUUUCCGACAAUAUCGACAAUCGUGACUUUUACUGUAACCAGAGCUUCUACGUCAAAAUCACGCGUCCAGUGUCGCCCGACAAACUCUCGGCGGCAAUCCUCAAGAUUGUUCAAUGCCACUCUAUGCUCAGAGCGCGAUUUGAAAAGACAGGAAACGGCUGCUGGAUGCAGCGGGUGCUGGAGCCCGCCGAUGGUGUCUACCACGUUGGAUUCUCGCAGCUCCAGUCAAUAUCGGACAUGGAGACUAUGGCCAUGCGCAGGCAGCGAGAACUGAAUGUCCAACAUGGUCCUGUCUUCUCCGCAGAUCUAUGUGACCUGCCUUCUGGUGGCCAAUAUCUCAUCAUGGUGAUGCACCAUUUGGUCGUUGAUCUGGUUUCCUGGCGCAUCAUUUUAGAUGACCUGGAGAUGCUGCUCAAUGGCAGCGGCACCCCUCAAGCCGGCUUGCCGUUCCAAGUCUGGGGCCAUCUCCAGUCUGAGAGGGCUCAAACAUCUGCGCUGGAUCCGGAGCAUGUGCUUUCCACAGAAGGAGUCCAUAAUAACCUGUCUUUUUGGAACUUCAGCGACACCACGCCAAAUGCAACCCGAGAUCACAUUGAGGCAAAUAUCAAGGUGGAUCACGAUACAACGGCCCUUUUACUUAAAGAUGCCAAUAAUGCUUUCAAUACAGAGCCAGUUGAGCUCCUUCUCUCAGCUAUUUGGGACGCCUUUUUCCAAGUCUUUCAGGAGCGCAAUGGACUGACCAUAUUCAACGAGUGCCAUGGCCGUGAGCCUUGGAGUGCGGACAUUGACCUGUCUCGAACCGUUGGAUGGUUUACUACCAUGGGCCCGAUUCAUGUUUGCAGGAACAAGCUGUCUGCGAAUAUUGUUAGACUUGUCAAAGACUCGAGAAGGCGUCUUCCGGCAAACGGCUGGGCUUAUUUUGCUUCGCGAUACUUGAACCCCAAGGGAAUGGAUGCUUUCAAAUCCCACGAUUCUACUAUGGAAGUCGUCUUCAACUAUCACGGUCAAUUUCAGCAGUUGGAGCAAGAAAAUGCUCUUUUUGAGGUUGCCAGCUUGAAUGAUGUGUCUGAUGUAGGGCCAGCACUUCCCGUGUCGUCCCUCUUUGAGAUUAACGCAACUGUUGAAGGAGGGUGCACUCACUUCACUUUCUCUUGGAACCGCCACAUUUCAUACCAGCAUCUUAUCCGCAAGUGGAUCACGCAGGUUGGUGUAUCUCUACAAACUAUAUGUAGUCAUCUUGCUGCCGCCAGAAAAUCGUCAAGAACUCUCUGCGACUAUGAGUUACUUGGCGUAGAUUAUGACGCACUUGAAGAGCUUGAAACCCGCACCCUUCCAAACAUUGAGACCAUCAACAACGCUGUAACAGGUGGCGUUUACCCAUGCUCACCAAUGGUGGAUGGCAUUCUUCUCAGCCAGCUUCGCGAUUCGGCGGCAUACCAAACCUCUAGUAUGUUCGAGAUCAAGUCUCACAGCGACUUCCCGAUAGAGCUUGAGCAUCUAGCCGAAUCCUGGCAAGCCGUCAUCGCACGCCACCCCGCUCUGCGUAGUGUCUUCAUUGAAGGGGUGGGCUCAAAUGCAGCAUACGAUCAGGUCAUCUUGGAGUCAUUUCGCGGAGAUGUCAUGCUGGUCCACAGCGCAGAUAAAUCGUCAGCGAUGAGGUUGCUUAAAGAGGCGGCACCAGCGGUGUAUCAUCACCAGCCAAAACCUCCCCAUCGCCUCACGCUUUGCAAGAUUGCAGAUGAAUCCCACGUUAUCGGUCUACUAGAAAUGAGUCACGCCAUCACGGAUGGCGCCUCAACGGCAAUAAUAGUCAAAGAUUGGACGAGUGCAUAUCUAGGUACGCUGGGUGCAGGAUGUCUUUCGGACACCAGCCUCGACUUUGCUCGUGCACUGAACGAAACUCCGAUCAAAGAAAAGAUGCAGUACUGGAAGAACAAGUUGCUGGGCCUUGAGCCAUGCUUCUUCCCUCAGCUUUUAGCCGUCGCGCAGCCCGGUAAUGCAACGGCCAUGGUCCAUGUCGACAUAACUGGAGAAUCUUUUGCCAAACUCCAGGACUUCUGCGAAGCACAGUCUGUCACCCCCGCAAGUUUGUUUCAGACUGCCUGGGCUCUUACCUUGGCAGCUUACACAGGCAAAGAUUCUGUAUGCUUCGGGUAUCUUGCUUCUGGCCGAGACCUAUUCCCGGGCAUAGAAAAUUCCAUAGGUGCAUUCGCUAAUCUACUUGUGUGUCGCGCCGACAUUUCGCGGGAGGGGACGCAAGAGUGUUUUCUGAAAAGCAUCCAUCAGCAGGUUUUGCAGGACCUCGGCUUCCAACAUUGCUCUUUAGCCGACAUCCAGCAUCAGCUUGAUCUCCCCGCUGGACAAGCAUUAUUCAACACCGUCAUGUCUUUCCAAAGAGAUGACGAAGAGGCCGGAGAAGAUGAGGAAAAACAGCAUAUCGAAAUAGCCGAAAUCGAUGGGGAAGACCCGACCGAGUAUGACAUUUCUCUUAGUGUGUCUUACGGCAUCAAGCAAGCAGGCUUUUAUCUUGACUACCAUCUAUCUUGUUUAUCUGAGCAGCAAGCACUUCGAGUGGCUUCACUAGUGAAGAAUUUUGUUACUACCUUUGUCACAAGUGACAGCUCCUCGACUGCGGCAGAGUCACAAGUUACGGUGCAAGAAUCCAGAUUAUUGGCCGAUAUGGACUCUAUUGAUCGACAGGAUUUACUUGAUAUUUGGAAUUGGAACAGCACCAUCCCGGAGACAGCAAAUGUACUAGUGCACGAUAUCUUUACUGAAACAGCACACCGCCAACCCGACGCCCCAGCCGUAUGUGCCUGGGAUGGUGACUGGACCUACGCAGAACUCGACGAAAUAUCUAACCGAUUAGCUAACUAUCUUAUUGAUAAGGGCGUUAAGCCUGAUAUAAUUGUCCCUCUUUGCUUUGAGAAGUCCCGGUGGACUCCGGUGGCACAGAUGGCAGUUAUGAAGGCUGGAGGCGCGUCGCUUGCAAUGGACGCCGCACAGCCCGUUGAACGUCUCCGUACCAUUGUACAACAAGUUGAUCCUGUAGUGAUACUGUCAUCUUUUUCCGCUGCCGAGGUAGCUAGCCAGCUAACAGAGCGGCCCGUGGUCGUCGUCGAUAAUGAACACAUGGCAGACCUGAGCCGGCGACCUAUGCCGCGUACAAAAGUCCAACCUUGGCAUAAACUUUACGUGGUCUUUACGUCUGGCAGUACAGGAACUCCCAAGGGCGCAAUAAUAACGCAUGCGAACUUUAGCAGCGCUAUCCGCUACCAGCAAAUCGGAAUGGGGUUUACAAGCUCCUCUAGGGUAUAUGAUUUCGUCAAGUAUGCAUUCGAUAUCUCAUGGUCAAACGUCCUGCAUACUCUUACGGCAGGUGGCUGUCUUUGCAUACCCUCUGACUCAGAGGCCCUCAAUGACCUUGCAGGCUCAUUCCGACGUUACAAUGCCAAUUUCCUCGACGUCAAUCCGUCAGUUGCAAGUACGUUACAGCCGUCGGAGAUGGCAAGUUUAAAGCAUUUGCAAUUUGGAGGAGAGUUUUUGUCCGGUCACAUGGCCUCGGAGUGGGCAAAGCACUGCGAGACUCUUAAUACAUACGGGCCUGCCGAGUGUAGCAUCAGGGCAACAUUUGUUCCGAUGAGUGAAAACACGGGUGCCACUCCUAGUAUUGGAAGUGGCAUCGGCUUGAACACAUGGCUGGUUAACGUCUCGGAUCAUGACCAACUGGUUGCUAUUGGAAAUGUGGGAGAACUUCUAUUAGAAGGUCCGUUAGUUGGCGAUGGCUAUCUCGGUGAUGCCGAAAAGACGGCAGCUGCAUAUAUUAUUGACCCCAAGUGGCUUGUCCGCGGUGCUCCUGGUUAUCCAGGCCGUCACGGACGGUUAUAUAAGUCAGGAGACUUGGUGCGCUAUAAUACGGACGGCAGUCUCACCUUCGUCGCUCGCAAGGACUCCCAAGUCAAGAUUAAUGGUCAACGCGUGGAGCUCGGCGACGUCGAAUAUCAUGUGCAGGCGAAUGUCGCCGACGGCGUUGAAGUCGAGGCAGUAGCCGAUGUGAUUACACCCAGAGAGAGCAGCAAGUCAAUACUGGUAGCAUUCCUGCACAUCAAAGAUCGCCUUGCCAUAGAAUCAAAUGGGCUGCAGGCGGAAAUGAAGAGAGUGACUGCAGGGCUGGAGGACAGGCUUUCUAAGCGUGUCCCAGCGUACAUGAUUCCCUAUGCUUAUAUUCCUGUCAAAGAUCUUCCCAAGACUGCGACAGGAAAACUGAAUCGCCGUCAACUCCGCACAAUGGCAUCAAGCAUGACUCUAGAAGAGCUCAUGGCGCUGAACAUGCCGGGCGGCGUGCGGCGGGCACUGACUUCGGAUACAGAACGACAACUUCAGAGUAUUUGGUCAUUUCUACUAAGAAUUAGUGCCGAUAAGAUUGGACCCGACGAUAGCUUCCUACGUAUUGGCGGCGACUCAAUCGGCGCAAUGAGGCUUGUCGGAGAGGCACGUAAACAGGGACUAUAUAUCACUGUUGCGGAUGUCUUCAAGAAUCCUCGACUAAGUGACCUAGCUGCAGUAAUCCGCAAGCUUCCGUCAGAAGCCACCGAAACUAUUCCACCCUAUUCACUACUAAAGGCCAGUAUUAAUGUCCAGGCCGCGCGAGACGAGAUUGCAUCUCUUUGCGACAUAGAUGCUACACAAAUCGAGGACAUUUUCCCAUGUACUCCGCUGCAGGAAGGUCUAUUAGCGUUGACCGCCAGGAGAUCAGGAGAUUACAUUGCUCGAUACGUCUUCGAAUUACGCCCGUCAGUUAAUAUCGAUCAAUUUGAGGCAGCGUGGCACGAGGUAAUCAGGACAACACCGAUUCUACGAACUCGAAUUGCAGACCUUACAGAACAGGGCCUUGUACAAGUCAUCAUAAAUGGACAGACGAGCAGCUCCUUCAGUAAAAAGUCAAACAGCCUUGCUGCAUACCAUGAUGCAGAUGAGACGCUUCCCAUUGGACUGGGGACUCCGCUGGUGCGCCUCGGAUUCGUACAUGAGAAUCACAAUGAACCCGAAAAGCGGUUCUUCGUAUGGACAAUACACCAUGCACUCUAUGAUGGAUGGUCAAUGCCGCAAAUACUCGAGAAACUAGAAAGGGCGUAUCGAGGAGAAGAGCCCCUUUUACACGAGCCUUCUUUCCAACUCUUUGUUAAGCACAUCAUGGAUAUAGACAGUGAUUCGUCUUCCAAGUAUUGGAAAGCACAGUUUGAUGGCUCCGAAGCAGCCAACAUCUUUCCAUCACUGCCUUCGGCAACGUAUCAGCCAAGAUCGGACACACUGACAUUGCACCCUAUUCGAGAUCUUGCAUGGCCAAAUACGGACAUCACUCCAUCAACGAUAGUGAGAGCUGCUUGGUCGAUACUGUCGGCCUUGUAUGUUGAUUCCACCGAUGUUGUUUUCGGUGUAACAGUGACUGGAAGGCAAGCUGCUGUACCCGGAGUCGACCAGAUGACCGGGCCAACGCUCGCAACGGUGCCAGUUCAAGUAGCGUUGGAUUGGCAUGAGAGCGUCGAACAACUAUUGCAACGACUACAGUCUCAGGCUAUUGACAUGACAGCUUUCGAGCAAACAGGACUGCAAAGAAUCCGACGAGUAAGCGCCAAAGCAAAGCAGGCAUGCGAAUUCCAAACACUCUUACUCAUGCAACCGGCCGAGAGAAAUGACAACGAAGAAGCGCAUCAGCUAUUUGUGGAUGAAAAUGAGGGUCAAAGUCAAGACUCAAAGGACUCGUUUGCCGAGUUUGACACCCACGCAAUUACUAUUGAGUGCCGGCUUCAGCGGGAUGGCCUACAGCUACAAGUCGGAUUUGACUCACACGUCAUUGGCGAGCAACAGAUAAAUAAACUGGUGUUACAGUUGGAUCAUAUCAUUCGCCAGAUAUGCCAUUCCUCUGGCGAUGGCGAGAUCAAGGUUGCCGACCUCAAAGCCCUUGGUCGCCAUGACUUGGACGAAAUCUGGGGCUGGAAUAUGACCGUGCCUGAAACUGUCGAGAAAACAGUCCACAGAUUAAUCGAGGAUACGGCAUCUACAUGGCCUGACUCCCCGGCGGUAUGCUCGUGGGACGGCGACUGGACAUACGAUGAGCUAAAUGACGCCUCGAGCCGCCUUGCGUGUCAUCUCGUCCGUCUCGGCGUGGGUCGAGGUACUAUUGUACCUCUAUGCUUUGAAAAGUCGCGAUGGGUUCCUGUUGCAAUGCUUGCAGUGAUGAAAGCGGGCGGAGCAUCUGUCGCUUUAGACCCGACCCUUCCUGAAGACCGUUUACUUUCGAUCGUACGACAAAUAAAACCAUUGCUGACAGUCUCGUCUCCGGCGAACCGUAAAUUAGCUGGGAAACUUGCUCCGGAUCAGUCUAUCGUGAUACUGGACGACAAACAACUUGCUCAACUCCCGCAAACGGUACAAGAGAUACUCCCGCUUGUACAGCCGUGGGACAAGCUCUAUAUUGUAUUUACCUCUGGUACAACUGGCACGCCAAAAGGAGUCGUAAUCACCCAUUCCAACUUUAGCAGCGCUCUGAAACACCAACACGGUGCACACGGCUUCAACGAACAUUCAAGAGUGUUCGACUUCGCAUCGUAUGCCUUUGACGUGGCCUGGUCUAACGCAUUAUGUACACUAGAGUGCGGAGCAUGUUUAUGUAUCCCAUCAGAUACUGAGCGACAAGAUGACCUUGCGGGAGCUAUGGAAAGACUCAGGGUCACUCAUGCCGAGUUGACGCCAUCCACGGCUAGUAUUCUUCCGCCGGCCACCUUGGAGGCACUGCACACCCUCAUUCUUGGCGGCGAGAAGGUUUCUGUAGAACAAGCCAAAGUUUGGGCUCAGUUGGUCCAUUUAAAGAAUUCUUACGGUCCAUGUGAGUGUACGCCGACAUCUACGGUGUCGUGUGUUGACCCCGAUACAACGAUGAUUGCAUCGAGCAUCGGUAGAGGCAUUGGUGUAAAUACAUGGUUGGCCGAUACCGUCUCGGCCGAAUCGCUUGUCCCGGUGGGAGCCAUCGGUGAACUUCUUUUGGAAGGCCCAUUAGUUGGUCCCGGUUAUCUAGAUGACCCUGCGAAAACAGCAGAAGCUUUUGUUGAAGACCCGUCAUGGUUACUUGGUGGUGGCGGACCAGAUCACCCUGGUCGUCGCGGACGCCUCUACAAAACGGGAGAUCUUGCACGAUAUAACACGGACGGAAGUCUCACAUUUGUGGGACGUAAAGAUGCUCAAGUCAAAAUCAAUGGCCAACGUGUAGAGCUAGGCGAGAUCGAGAGCCGCAUUUCACUCGAAUCCUGGAUUCGACAAUCGGCGUGUAUACUUCCUACAUCCGGCCCAUGCAUCAACCGACUCGUUGGCGUAAUUGCCAUUACUCAGCAACGUGUCGAGGUUCUCCGAGCUCUUUUGGAGAAUACUUUACCUGCCUACAUGGUUCCCACUAUCUGGGCUGUCGUCCACGAUAUACCUCUCAGCGCAUCUGGCAAACUCGACCGCAAGCGGCUUGAGGAGUGGCUUGCUAACAUUGAUGCAGAGACAUUUAGUACCAUCUCGGGUAUUGGGCGCAGUCCAGGGCACCGAAAACCCAAGAAUGAAGCAGAAGAUGUGCUUUUAAGAGCGUGCAGUACAGUUCUAAACACCCCGAUAGAGAAUAUCGAUUUACAACGAUCAUUCGUAGCGAACGGAGGUGAUUCCAUCUCAGCUAUGCGUCUUAGUCCUCAAUGUCGCGCUGCCAACGUUGUCUUCUCUGUUGCAAACUUGCUCAAAGGACGGUCGCUCGCUGAAGUUGUACAAUUAUCAACAACGGUCACCACUCCUACAGUAUCACGAACCGAAAAAUUCGACGUAUUUUUCGACCUCUCGCCGAUCCAACAGUGGUUCUUCGGUCAAUCGCCACCUGAUUUGGUCAACACGAAAAGCCAUUAUUGCAAUCAAAGCUUUUAUGUUAGAGUUGCACGUCCAAUCUCCACAGACACGCUUCGCAGUGCAAUUGACACAGUCGUGGAGAAGCACUCCAUGCUUAGAGCACGCUUUGCAAGGAUUGAGGGCAAAUGGAUGCAGCGUGUCGUUCAACCCGACCAGGGCCUGUAUCACUUUGAGUCGUCGCAACGAGAUUCGAUGACUGACAUUGAGUGUCUGGCCGCAAAGAGGCAGCAAGAGCUGGAUAUCGAGAAUGGCCCCGUCUUUUCAGCAGAUGUCUGCAUAACCCCGGCUCCCAAAUCGGAUCAAUAUCUUAUCCUCAUUGCACAUCACUUGGUUGUUGACCUUGUGUCGUGGCGAAUUAUCCUAGAAGACCUAGAGGUCCUACUGGCUGGUGGCGCCCUGCAAGAAGAGGUUCCCUUCCAAGUAUGGAACCAUUUGCAAAUAGAGAAGGCCGGCACACCGGAGCUGGAUCCUGAAAACGUUCUUAAUAUCGACAAAGUCACUAAUAACCUUGCUUUCUGGGAAUUUACCCCGGAUACCCCAAAUACAGUGGGCGACCUCAAGGACAGGUCUCUGGUAAUUGGUAGAGAUCUCACUUUACGCCUUUUAAAGGACGCCAAUAGUGCCUUCAAUACUGAACCGGUGGACCUACUUCUGUCAGCAGUGUGGCACUCUUUCUUACAAGCCUUUCCUAGUCGUGGGGGCCUCACUAUAUUUAAUGAGGGCCACGGCCGUGAACCAGGGAGUCUAGAGGUAGAUCUCUCCCGCACGGUCGGUUGGUUUACUACAAUGAGCCCCCUUAGGAUUUCCCGUGACGAAGCUGACAGUGCCGUCAACAUUGUGCGGCAUGUCAAGGAUAUGAGGAGGCGACUGCCGUCCAACGGCUGGGCUUACUUUGCCUCCAGGUAUCUAAACAGCAAGGGAAUCAGAGCAUUUGAAUCACAUGAGGCUACUACCAUGGAGCUCGUCUUCAAUUAUCAUGGCCAGUUUCAGCAACUAGAGCACGACGAUGCCCUGUUUGACACCAUUGUCCUAGACAAAACCUCUGAUGUUGGGCCAUCCUUACCCGCAUCAUCGCUCAUUGAGAUAAAUGCUACAAUCGAAGAUGGAGUUACACAAGUCUUCUUUUCCUGGAAUCGUUAUAUAGCCCACCAGGACUUGAUCGACAAGUGGAUUUCUCAGGUCAGCCCAUCACUGCACGCUAUUUGCGAUGAUCUUGGCUGUAGAGCACCCUCCAAGACCCUUUACGACUAUGAGUUUCUCCAUCUCAAUUACAAGCAGCUCGACGACCUUCAUAGCCAUGUUAUUCCUGAAAUCGAGUCGACCAAUAACACAACGGUAGAGGACAUUUUCCCAUGUCUACCUAUGGUGGAUGGCAUGCUACUGAGCCAAAUCAAGGAACCUGGGGCUUAUGAGACUUCCGCCCUAUAUGAGAUACGGUCCCCCAUCGGUCAUCUAAUUAGGCUUGACCGGCUGGCUGAAGCUUGGCAGACUGUAAUCGCUCGUCAGCCUGCUUUGCGAACGGUUUUUAUUCCUGCUAGUGAUUCAACAGCAGCCUUCAAUCAAGUGGUCUUGCAGUCUUAUCGUGGAGACGUGAUUCUACUGGAGAGUGAGAACAGAACUUCAGCAUUGGCAAUGCUCAAUAACCUACAGCCUGUGAACUACCGAAACAUCAGGCCGCCACACCGCUUAGCAAUGAGUUUUGUUCGUGAAGAGAAUCUGGUUUUCUGUCAGUUAGAGGCCAGCCAUACCAUUACAGAUGGUGCCUCGUCAGCAAUCAUUGUUGAAGAUUGGAUCAAGGCUUAUACCGGCACCCUGGACCUUGACGGCAUCAACGACGUCAAUCGUGGUUUUGCACGGUUUUUAAAAUCCGUGUCGGCAACGCACAGGAUGGCAUAUUGGAAACGAAAGCUAGCAGAUGCAGAACCUUGUUAUUUCGAGCCAUUAAACCAUGUUCCCGACGUUUCCCAGGCCGAGCAGGGAGUGUGCUUCGCUUCGGCUGAAAUAACUGGUGACAAGUUCACCCAAAUCCUGCGAUUUUGCGAGUCACAAUCCGUGACACCUGCAAGCCUCUUCCAGAGUGCCUGGGCACUCUGUUUGGCAGCUUACACAGGAAAGGACAGUGUCAAGUUCGGCUACCUCGCAUCCGGUAGAGAUCUUCCAGUGUCGGGUAUCACGGAGGCUGUUGGUGCAUAUGCUUCUAUGUUGAUCUGCCGAGCCGACAUAUCGCGUGAAUGGACCAGCCCACAACUCGUACACCAUAUUCAUGAUCAAGUCAUGGAGGAUUUGGGCUAUCAACAGAGUUCUCUAGCCGAUAUCCAACACCAACUCGGUAUGCCCUCUGGCCAGUCACUAUUCAACACGAUUGUAUCCUUCCAGAAGGAGGAAGAGGCGGUAGCAGAGGAAGCAGAAGCGCCGAUGCUCACUUUUACUAAUACAGACGGCGAAGACCCCACUGAGUUCGACAUUGGGGUCAGCUUUUCAAUAUCUGAUACCACGGCAUACUUAUCUCUUGAUGCCCGCUCUUCAUGUCUGUCCAGUGAGCAGGCUAGCCGCGUCAUUUCCCUCGUAAAGACCAUAUCAAUUACUAUCGCAGCCGACGGCAUGCUCAAUGGCUCGCUUGACGGAGGACAUAUAUCUACUACAUUAUCAGACAUCAGCUCAGUCAGCGAGGAGGAUUUAGAUGCCAUUUGGCGUUGGAACAAGACAGUGCCGGAAGCUGCCAAUGUCUUAGUUCAUGAACUCAUCGCCGAGACCAUCGCCAAACAGCCCAACGCCCCUGCUGUGUGUGCUUGGGACGGUGAUUUUACUUAUUCCGAGUUAGAUGAUGCUUCAUCUCGCCUAGCAUUUCAUCUCAUCGGGUUAGGUGUUGGUCCUGAGGUUAUAGUGCCUUUAUACCUUGAGAAAAGUCGAUGGAUGCCAGUCGCGAUGCUAGCUGUAAUGAAAGCCGGCGGAGCAUCUGUGGCGAUGGAUGUAACCGUCCCUAAAGAGCGCCUUCAAACUAUUGUGCGGCAGAUUAAACCAGCGCUAAUCCUAUCAUCUUCUGCGACUAAAGACCUCGCAACACAGCUCACCAACCAGCCCAUAGUGGUGCUGGAUUCGGCACAGUUAUCCGAGCUCGACUUACCCAGCCAGCCACUUUCGUCAAGUGUUCAGCCCGAAAAUACCUUGUAUAUCAACUUCACAUCUGGAAGUACGGGGCAGCCCAAGGGUGUUAUCAUUAAGCAUGUCAAUUUCAGCAGCUCCAUCCGACAUGUACGAGAUCUGCAUGGCUUCAAACCUACUUCACGUGUCUACGACUUCUCAUCGCAUGCUUUCGAUAACAUAUGGUCAAAUGCGCUACAGACGCUAUCAUGUGGUGCAUGUUUAUGCAUUCCUUCCGAAACUGAUCGAAGAAACGAUUUGGCUGGUUCCAUCAAGCGGCUAGGGGCCAAUUUCAUUGACAUCACUCCCUCAACUGCAAGCAUUCUCCCGCUGGAGACAAUUCAAUCUUUGGACCUGUUAAUGGUUGGAGGAGAACGCCUCAUACCAGAUUCUGCAAAGCAGUGGGCUUCCGUCGUAGACCUCCGCAAUGGUUAUGGUCCUUGCGAAUGCACACCUACCACUACGAUUGCAGCCAUAAGGCCAAAUAGCUAUGAUAUGACAACAAUUGGCCGUGGUGUUGGAGUCAACACAUGGGUUGUCGAUGCUCAUACAGGUACUUCACUUGUGCCAGUAGGCAGUAUUGGCGAACUGCUUCUGGAAGGUCCGCUCGUCGGCGCGGGAUACCUGGGAGAUCCCCAAAAAACAGCAAACGUGUUUAUCGAAGAUCCCAAAUGGUUACUACAAGGCACGGUCGGCAGAAAAGGCCGCCAUGGCCGUCUCUACAAGACUGGCGACCUAGUUCGAUAUAAUCCAGAUGGCACCCUAUCUUUUGUUGGCCGGAAAGACGCCCAAGUCAAGAUCAACGGCCAGCGUCUAGAGCUUGGAGAUAUUGAGCAUCAUGUUGCUUCCAGUGUCACGGACUCUGCAGAUGCACAAGUAAUAGUAGAAAUGCUUGUGCCUCGACAACACCACCAAGCCAUGCUGAUAGCCUUCAUAUGCCUUUCCGGGGCCGCGGGCAAAGAUGUCAAUGAGCAAGCAUCAGAUUUGCAGAGAUUGACUGUGGGAUUAAACGAAAGGCUUGCGAAGCUAAUACCUCCUUAUAUGAUACCUUCAUCCUAUGUCCUUGUUGACCACGUCCCUAUGACGGCCACGGGCAAGACAGACAGGCGACAAAUUCGUGCCAUAGGAGAACGAAUGACUUUGGAAGAGCUUCUAAUUCACAGCUCGUCAACAAGUGGUGAACGUCGAAAACCGACUACGGAAAUGGAACGACGCCUCCUAAGCUUGUCGUCAUCUGUGCUUGGCAUCAGUGUCGACAAAAUUGGAAUCGAUGACAGCUUCUUACAGGUCGGGGGUGAUUCUAUUGGGGUCAUGAAACUUGUUGCAGCGGCUCGUGAGCAAGGCAUAGCUUUGACCGUUGCGGAUAUCUUCCAGACGCCCCUCCUGGGCGACUUGGCUGCGAAAGCUCGCCGGGUAUUCGAGUCAGAUAGAAUGGAUGUCGAGCCAUUCUCACUACUAAAGACUGGUUGUGAACUUCAAGAAAUACGCCAAGAGGCUGCCGCCUUUUGUGGAGUAGAUGCCUCACACAUCGAGGAUGUUUUCCCUUGCACUCCGCUUCAAGAAGGUCUUCUGGCUCUAACAACAAAGCGCCCAGGGGACUAUAUCUUCAGGUCUAUCCACCAGCUCCAAAGCACUGUUGAUGUGCAGCGUUUCCGAGAAUCUUGGAAACACUUGGUAUCAAUAACCCCGAUGUUACGUACACGAAUCGUGGAUUUAUCCAGUCAGGGCCUGGUACAGGUUGUCAUUGCUCAGCAGCAGAUCCAUUGGUUGGGUGAGAACUACACAAGCUUGGGUGCCUAUCAGCAUGCGGAUGAGCAAUUAACAAUCGGGUUGGGCACGCCUCUCGUGCGAGUCGCUAUUAUCAAUGAACAAGACGAGCAUUUCUUUGUUUGGACGAUGCAUCAUGCGCUAUACGAUGGGUGGACAGUUCCGCUUCUGCUGGAGAAUCUAGAGAAGUCAUAUAUAGGCGAGGCAAAUCUCCAGCAUCCGCCCCCGUUCCAGCUAUUUGUUAGACAUUUACAACGCGCGGAUAGCAAACAGGCUGAGGAGUACUGGAAGAAACAGUUUACAGAGUUUGAUGCCGUAACAUAUCCGGCACUACCCUCGUCAACCUAUGAGCCCCAAUCCGACCAAACAAUAGAUCAUCACAUCCAGGAGCUACAAUGGCCAACUACCGAUACGACUGCCUCCACGGCAGUCCGGGUGGCAUGGUCCAUUUUGGCGGCGCGAUACACUGAUUCUAAUGACGUGAUUUUCGGUCUGACUGUGAGCGGUCGGCAGGCAUCUGUACCAGGCAUUGAGCGCAUAACUGGACCAACAAUUGCAACAGUGCCAAUGCGAGUCGUGCUGGAUCCAGGGACAACUUUGCAGGAAACCUUAAUGCAAAUACAAGCUCAGGGAAUUGAAAUGACGGCGUUGGAGCAGACGGGAUUACAACGGAUCCGCCGGAUGAGCACCGAAGCUGAACGAGCCUGCAACUUCCAAACGCUGCUGGUAAUACAGCCAUCUGAGAGGAGCGAUAACUCAAGUAGCCAGCUAUUUGUUGAGCUCCGCGACGAAGACGGUGAUGAACCUAUUGCGGAUCUAAAUACACAUGCGCUUACAGUCAGCUGUGAUCUAGAAGAUCACGGGCUCGCGUUGAGGAUUGCCUUCGACUCCAAAAUAAUCAGCAAAAACCAAGUUCAGAAGCAUGUAGCGCACUUUGAGCAUGUACUCCGUCAGAUUUGCGACCCCGAAAAUGCCCAAAAGGCACUUUCUGAUAUAGAGACGCUUGGUCGAGAGGACUUGCACGACAUUUGGGGCUGGAACGCUACAGUGCCAGAGUGUUCGAACGCAUUGGUCCAUCAUCUUUUUGAAGAGACAGCCCAGAGACUGCCAGAUACUGAAGCUGUGUGUGCCUGGGAUGGAACUUGGACCUACUCAGAGCUAGAUAGCAUUACGAGCCGUCUUGCCCGCCACCUCGUAAGCUUGGGUGUUGGUCCAGAAGUUGUUGUACCACUAUGCUUCGAGAAAUCCGGCUAUACAUGUAUAGCAAUGCUUGCAGUUAUGAAGGCUGGCGGUGCAUCCGUGGCGAUGGACACAACUCUCCCUGAAGACCGACUGAGGAUUAUCACGCGACAGGUGAACCCGACAUUGAUCCUGUCUUCAUCAAGCAACGAAGAUCUAGCGCUUCGGCUUGCAGACACUUCGGUUAUGGUCAUCAACGAGGCCAGUCUGUCUAGUCUGGCUGAUGUAAAUGCCCCGUCUUCGACGCGAUUCCAACGCGUGCGGCCCUGGAACAAGCUUUAUGUGGUAUUUACUUCUGGCAGUACGGGAACACCAAAGGGUGUCAUCAUCAUACACUCAAAUUAUAGUAAUGCUAUCCAGCAUCAGCAGGGGAUUAACGGCUUCAAAGAAGGAUCAAGGGUAUACGACUUUGCUUCUUACGCAUUUGAUGCCACCUGGGCCAAUUUAUUGAAUUCAUUAACAAGCGGCGCCACUCUGUGCGUUCCUUCUGACGCUGAGCGAAGAGACGACCUGGCCGGCUCUCUCCGACACUACAGAGCUAAUUUCGUGCAACUGACUCCCUCGACGGCAUCAAUCCUUCCCCUCGAGUCGAUCCAAUUGCUGGACACGUUACUCCUCGCCGGAGAGGCUCUUCCGCAAGCAUAUGCGGAGCGGUGGGCAAAGAUUGUGGAUUUAAGGAACGCCUACGGACCUUGUGAGGCAACUCCAGCUGCUACUUUCGCCAGCAUCAAGUCUGAUAACAUGCUGGAGGUUGGCAUUGGCAAAGGUGUCGGCACCGUCACGUGGGUAGCUGAUACAAAAACUGCCCAAUUUCUGACACCGGUAGGCAGCGUUGGUGAGCUCCUCCUAGAAGGACCAUCCGUGGGACCGGGUUACCUUGAUGACCCCGAGAAGACUGCUGCGGCCUUUAUUGACAAUCCACCGUGGCUGCUUCGUGGCGCUCCGGGUCAACCUGGCCGUCAUGGUCGUCUGUAUAGAACCGGUGACUUGGUCCGAUAUAAUAGGGAUGGAAGCCUGGUAUACAUUGGCCGUAAGGAUGCUCAAGUCAAACUUCACGGGCAACGUGUGGAGCUGGGAGAAAUUGACAAUCACAUGAUGCGUCAUUCGUCCGUUCGGCAGGCGGCGAGUGUAUUUCCUGUCUCGGGACCUUGUGCAAAUCGACUUGUCGGCGUUGUUAGCCUUGAAGAAUGCCAACCAGGAGCCAAUCUUCAUACUAUGCUGGAGGGUGCUCUCCCUGUUUACAUGGUUCCAUCCAUUUGGAUUGCCGUCAGGGAAAUCCCUCUUAACCCCUCUGGUAAGCUCAACCACAAGGUUCUUCGCGAAUGGCUCUGCAAUAUGGACUUGGAAACCUUCAUCAAGAUCUCUCACGAAAACGACACAGACGAUGAGGUCAAUCGAAAGCCAGUGACCUAUGCAGAGCAAGCAAUUGCAAAUGCUUGCAGUAUCGUCCUCAACCUACCAGUUGAGCAGAUCAAUAUUCACAAGUCUUUUAUUGCUAAUGGUGGUGAUUCCAUCUCUGCAAUGCGUCUCAGCCCCCACUGUCGCGCCUCUCAAGUUGUUUUCUCAGUCGCAACUCUGCUCAGGAGCAAAUCUCUUGCAGAAGUGGCAAGAAAUUCGGCCGUCACAGCAACAUUGACAGCGCAUCAAGAAGAAUACGAGAGGUCCUUUGGUCUUUCGCCUAUCCAGCAGUGGUUCUUCGAUCAGUGCCCAACCCGACUCGUCAAUACUACAGAUUAUCACUUUAAUCAGAGCUUCUACCUCCAACUGAGACAAGUAGUGUCCUCAGACAGAAUCGGAAGCGCAAUCUCAACAAUUGUCCGGCAACACUCUAUGCUUAGGGCCCGAUUCCAGCAAAUAGGCGAGUACUGGACACAGUCUGUGCUGAAGCCUACUGCCGAAAAUGUGCAUCAUUUUAAAUCUUGGAAUCUCGGAUCUCUGUCGGAAGUCAAAGCCGUAGCAUCACAAAGACAACAUGGAUUGGAUAUCGAGAAAGGCGUCGUUUUUGCUGCAGAUUUAUGCACGUUACCUUCAGGGGAGCAAUACCUUCUCUUUGUGGCCCACCACCUCGUUGUUGACCUUGUAUCAUGGCGUAUCAUCCUAGAAGAUUUGGAGACUCUCAUAAGUGACGGUCAGUUAGAGGAAGGACUUCCGUUUCAAGUUUGGAAUCAGUUGCAGAAAGAGGAGAUUGCCGAUUCGAAAUACGACCCUCAGCGCUUGCCAUCUGUACAAGAGGCUAAUAACGAUCUCGAGUUCUGGAACUUCGAUUCAUCAACCUCAAACACAGCCAGUGAUCAGUACGAGGACUUCUUGGAAAUUGGACCAGAAGUGACAGCAUUGUUAUUAAAGGGGAGCAACAGUGCCUUCAAUACGGAACCCCUCGAUCUUCUUCUCUCUGCAGUCUCGGAUGCUUUCCUCACCAUAUUCCCUCGACAAGGCCUUACAAUUUUCAACGAGGGUCAUGGUCGUGAGUCUUGGAAUGCCGAGGUUGACUUGUCUCGAACAGUUGGUUGGUUCAGCACCUUGGCUCCGAUAACUGUAUCAAGGGAUAGAGACAACUCGCAUGAGCACAUUGUUCGGCUUGUAAAAGAUGCUCGAAGACGCCUUCUCGCCAAUGGCUGGGCUUACUUCACGUCCAGAUAUCUGAGUAGCAAGGGAGCUCAUGCAUUCAAGUCGCAUGGAUCUACUAUGGAGCUAGUUUUCAAUUACCACGGCCAAUUUCAGCAGCUUGAAAACGAUGACUCUCUCUUCAAUAACAUUACUCUUGACGGUAUCUCCGACGCUGGCCCGGCUCUACCUAUGUCAGCUCUCUUUGAGAUCAAUGUAUCGAUUGAGGGAGGAUCAACUCACUUCUCAUUCUCAUGGAACCGACAUAUUUCUCAUCAAGGCCUCAUUCGGGAUUGGUUCGCGCAGAUCGGCCUAUCAUUACAGAAGAUCUGUACUACUCUCGCUUUCAGAAAGCCUAAAAUGACCCUCUGUGACUACGAGUUCCUGAACCUCGAUUACAAAGGUCUCGACGAGUUGCAGGCUCAUGUUCUACCAGACAUCAUGGCAGCCAAUAACGCCACAGUCGCAGGCAUUUAUCCUUGCCCACCAAUGAUUAACGGUAUUCUUCUUAGCCAGCUCAAGGACACGUCUUCAUACAAAACCUCGCAGGUAUAUCGAAUUAAGUCGCCAGAUAAUGACAUCAGCAUUGCUCGCCUCGCAGAAGCGUGGCAGAAAGUAGUUGCGCGACAUCCGUCACUCCGCAGCGUUUUCAUCGACGGUUUUAAUGACAACACAGCUUUUAACCAGGUUGUGUUGGAAGCAUGUCCCGCGAAUAUUGUCCUGUUAAAGAGCCAUAGCGAGAAUUCUGCACUGAGCAUGCUGACGGGUCUUCCCUCGGUCAACUACCAGCAACUCAAACCUCCUCACCGCCUAACCCUGCUUGAGCUACCUAACAUCAAUGGGCUAAGCGGCAGUCAAGUAAUUUGUCAGCUGGAAAUGAGUCAUGCUAUUACCGAUGGCAGCUCAUCCAUGAUAAUCCUGGAGGACUGGGCGCGGGCAUACGCUGGGGUCCUAAGCCAGGAGGCAGUUGAUAUAAACUACGACUUUGCGCGGGUGCUCACUUCAAGCUUGCCAGCAAAUCGAAUGAACUACUGGAAGAAGAAGCUAGGCGGCGUCAAUUCCUGCCAAUUUCCUCAUCUAUCCAGCCUCUCCCGACAAGCUAAUGAUGUUUCGUCUGUAAGCAUCGACAUAACCGGCGAGACAUUUGCCAAGAUUCAACAAUUCAGCGAGGAGAAAUUCGUCACAGCCGCAAGCCUAUUCCAGAGUGCCUGGGCCCUCCUUUUAGCAAACUAUACGGGAACUAACGACGUCUGCUUCGGGUAUCUCGCAUCUGGAAGAGACCUUCCAGUACCUGGCAUCGCAGAAUCAGUUGGUGCGUACGCAAACCUGCUAGUCUGUCGCAUCGAUCUAUCACAGAACCGGACCAAGGAUGAUCUUGUACGGAGCACGCACGAUCAGGUCUUGUCAGACCUUGACUUCCAACAUUGCUCUCUGGCCGACAUACAGCAUGAACUGAGUCUCCUGCCCGGCCAGACGCUUUUCAAUACUCUUGUAUCCUUCCAGCGUGAUGACAGCACCUCAGACCGCAGCAGCCGCCAAGAUUUAGAAUUUACGGAACUCGACGGAGAGGAUCCAACUGAAUACGACAUUGCUCUCAGCAUAACAUACGGUGCAGGCCAAAUAGGAUUGAACUUGGAGUAUCGUCUAUGUUGCUUGUCUGACCAGCAAGCUAAUCGGGUCGCCAGUUUGUUGGAGCGGCUUGUUACCGCUCUUGUUAGCAACGAAGAUCAGGACACAGGGAACCAGAACAACAGCCUGGCCGACAUUGAUGUCAUGACCCAGAGCGACUUGCAAGAUGUCUGGAAAUGGAACGCAGUGGUUCCACGAACCAUUGACGCCGUAAUUCACAACCUUGUCGCUGAUGCUGCUCAGAGGUGGCCUGACAAACAGGCUGUAUGCGCAUGGGACGGCGACUGGACAUACCGCGAAUUGGAUAAGGCUUCUACCUCCUUCGGUCAUCGCUUAAAGAGCUUUGGGAUAGGCCCAGAUGUCAUUGUUCCACUUUAUUUCGAAAAAUCACAAUGGACAGUCGUCGCUAUGGUAGCCGUUCUCAAGGCUGGAGCCGCCUUUGUCCUCGUCGAUCCAUCGCAACCGACAUCUCGUCUCAACUCCAUCAUUCAGCAAACACGAGCGAAGCUUCUGGUUUGCUCUUCCACCGAAGCCUACAGGUGCUCUGAUCUUGGUAUCAAAGUACUGACUGUAGACAGCCCGCAUCCGGAUACUAUGGGCAACACAGACCGUCCUCUUCAGGUGGAAAGCAACCCAUCAUCCCCCAUGUAUGUCGUUUUUACCUCUGGAAGUACGGGAAAGCCAAAGGGUGUUGUUGUGACGCAUGCGUCGUUCUCCUCUUCCAUUUACUAUCAGGCAAAUACUCUCGGCUACGAUAGCCAGGCCCGCGUUUACGACUUUGCGUCAUACGUAUUUGACGCCUCCAUCGAGACGGCUUUCAUGACUCUCGCAAUGGGAGGCUGCCUGUGUGUGCCUUCAGAUGCCGAUCGGAAGAACAACCUCACCGAGUCUCUAAUUAACACUAAAGCUACUUUGAUCGAAUUAACGCCCUCUGUCGCGCGCACCCUUGAGCGUCAGCGGUUGGUUGAUCUCCGAUUCCUAAUUCUGGGCGGGGAAGCAGUCAACCAAGACGACGCAAAGGGCUGGCCAGACAAUGUCGUCGUCAUCAACACAUACGGACCCUCUGAGUGCACGCCAACCAGUACUAUACAAUGCCAACAUGAUGGCGUUGGCGUGAUGAAUAUCGGUGCCGGGGCUGGAGCAGUAACCUGGUUAUCCGACCCAAGCAACUCGGAUCGACUGGUACCGAUAGGUGCCGUUGGAGAAUUGUUGCUCGAAGGGCCGCUUGUGGGACCAGGAUACCUUCAUGAUGCAGAGAGAACAGCGGAAGCCUUUAUUGAGGAUCCAGUCUGGCUACGGCGCGGAACAGCGGACCUGCCCGGCCGCCGAGGGCGUUUAUACAAGACUGGUGAUCUCGUGCGGUACAACGACGAUGGGAGCCUUAGCUUCGUGGGCCGUAAGGACACACAAGUCAAGAUUCGUGGUCAAAGAGUGGAAUUAGGCGAGGUCGAACAUCAACUCCAGGUCUGUAUGCCCGGCGUGCAACAGGUGGCUGCCGAAGUCAUCGUGCCCAGCGGCCAAGAAGCCAAGCCUUUGCUGGCAGUCUUUGUGGUGAUGGAUCCGAACACGCAUUUAGAGACAAGGAUGCCUGCAGUACCAACUGCUGUUGGUGAUGCUGACAGCAAACUACCUACAAUCCAUAUAGCCGGCAUCCCCGCCUCCGUCGAGGACUUGCUCGUCGAGGUUCUUCCGUCCUACAUGGUGCCAGCGGCCUUGCUGGAACUCGAUCAGUUGCCAAUGACAGCUUCUGGAAAAACUGACCGCCGCCGCCUGCGUGAUAUCGGCGCUGGCUUUUCUGUUCAGCAACUCGCCGAGCUGCGAAGCGGGCUCGUGGCCGACAAACGCGGCCCGUCGACGGAGAUGGAACGAGCGCUCCAACAGAUCUGGGCACAGAUUCUCAAUGUGGAUGCGGCGACUAUUGGCAUGGAUGAUAGCUUUCUACGUCUCGGCGGUGACUCCAUCACGGCGAUGCAAAUAUCGGCAGCAGCACGAGCUUCCGUUGCAAAAAUAUCCAUCACCGACAUCCUCCAGAAGAAGACGAUUGCCAAGAUUGCAUCCGCAGCAGCACAUUUGACAGCACGCGAAGAGUUUGUAGAUGAUUCGACGCAGGUGCAGUAUUCUACUCAAAAAGAGGUCGUCGAAUUUCAUCAAAAGCACGGCUUACGACUCGGUGCGGUUCUUGCCGAGGAUAUCGAGGAUAUUUAUCCCUGCACGCCUAUGCAAGAACGUAUAAUGCAAGCGCAAGAACAAGAUCCAAGAGCAUAUGUGACUGGAUUUGGGCUGGCCAUUGAGGCUUCACAAGUCGGCGAAACUGUAGAAUUCUCAAGAAUCCAGCGGGCUUGGGCAAACGUGGUCAAACGACACGGACUCUUCCGAGCCGUCCUCGUCCGUGACGAGCCCGGACACGGCCGAACGACUCAUGUCAUCCUCCGAGAUCCUGCACCAAGCAUAUCCUUCCAUACCACUAGUGAAGCAGAGGCGGCUGCUACGGGCCACGGAGAUCUUCAACGACCGCCAUACUACGCUCAAAAUGGCCUCCAGCAUCACCUCUCAGUGUAUCAGACAACGGCCAAGCGUGCCUAUCUCCGGUUUGAGAUGAAUCAUGCCAUCAUCGACGGCCACUCCACCGCUAUCAUGCUUCGCGACUUUGAACUUGCUUAUACAAGUCAUCUAUACUCGGACGGUCCUCUUUACAGUAAUUUUAUCAAGUAUGUGCACGAACAGCCGCAAGAUGAUGGACACGGUUUCUGGGCCAAGCAUCUACAAGACGUGGAACCAUGUCUUUUCCCGACUUCCCAGAACGUUGCGGAACAGCAGGGCACAGUUCAAAUUGAGGUACCCAACCUCGAUCCUAAAGGAAUCGCCGCGUUCUGUGCAAAGUGGGAAGUAACGCAAGCCAACCUCAUCCGCAUAGCCUGGGCUCUGGUGCUCCAAAAGUACACCAAGUCUACUACGCCGUGCUUUGGCACCAUCACCUCAGGAAGAGACCUACCUGUUCACGACGUAGAUGAAAUUUUCGGCCCCUUGAUGAGUCUCAUUCCGUGCAGAGUCCGGCUUGACGAGACACGAUCCGUCUUGCAAACACUCAAGGCUUCCCAAGAGGAAUAUCUGCACAUGCUGCCACAUCAAACCUCCUAUUUGGCAAAUAUACAAAAACAUGCCAAGGGCCUUGAAUCUGAGCUUUUUAACACGGCCAUUUCCAUGCACAGGGACACACUAGAGAGCCCAGAAACACAAAAUUCACAGGGACAUAGCAUCCAUCUACAGGACGAGUUUGACCCAGUCCAUUAUGAUAUUUACAUUAGAGGAACAUAUGAAAAGGAUGAUCUUUCUCUUGUGCUGGAGUUUUGGGAAGAACGCAUUUCCCGAAGUCAAGGUGUGGAUGUGGCCGAAUCAUUUAGUGCUGCGAUUUCGUCCAUCAUCUCCCAGCCGGAGCAGGACAUUCGUCAGCUCACAAUCGUAUAA